CUGCGGUAGUUGUUGUUACUGCGGAUGCUGCAGUAAUGCUCUUAUUCAACAAGCUGUUCAUCGAAUCUUUACAAAUUGUUCCUUUUGAUAAUUUGGGGGUGCAAGAGAGUUGUAGAGUUGCUGCGGUUGCUGUGGUAGUUACGUAUUGUAUUCUGAUUGCCGCUUGGUGUGUGGUUUUUUUGUAUGUUUGUUUUACCUGUUAUGGGUAGUUCUCGGGGUAACACACCUCCUCGGGCCCAGAAAAAGAUGGUCCCACAUCGUUCAAAUUGUUGUAUAAUGGAUCGUAAAGUCGCUCUGUAUGUGCG